CAGGCAGCGUCACUGGAAUUUCGAGUCUCGAGUGUUCCAAGAUGCCUGCGUCACAGAUGGGAUUUGGAGAUUUCUUUAUUGGGAAAAACAUCAACAUGCCGCAUGGAUAUCAGACUAUGGUUUUGGAGUGCCCACCUGGGGUCCCCCCUGUUCCUGGUCACCCUGCAGUAGCUGGAGCACCCCUGUCCUAUCCUGGGAUGCAGGGCUACAGUUUCAUCCCCUAUCUGCAUCUGGGACACAACAUGAGACAAAUGAGUCCCUAUCAGCUGAAGUCAGCGUCUCCCUACCACCAGGCUCUCCUCGGCCAAGGUGCACCCUUCUACUCGCCCUACCGAGCCGUGGCAGCUGACGACCCGGGUAGGGCAGGCAAAGGGGCCGCCCGAGAGAGCACCGGAGCGCUCAAGGCCUGGCUCAGCGAGCACCUGAAGAACCCCUACCCGACCAAGGGCGAGAAGGUCAUGCUGGCCAUUGUCACCAAGAUGAGCCUCACCCAGGUCUCCACCUGGUUCGCCAACGCCAGGAGGAGACUGAAGAAGGAAAACAAAGUGAGCUGGAUGUGCAAGAACAAAUCCGACGAGGAGAGCGAGAGCGAGGAAGAGGCUGGAGAGAAAAGCGAGCGUGCGGAGGAGGAGGAGGAGGAGGAGGAAGACAUUGAUUUACAGACUGUGGAUGACAAUGAGAAAGAAGGAUCUGCGUCUGACGGUUCCGACCAGGAGUCCACCAGGACUCCAGACAGGCUCAGUCCAGUGACUCCAGGGGACGCGCUAAAGGAAUCGGAAAGAAAGACUGAAAAUAAGGGGGUCACACGCUUGGGUGAUUAUACUAAACCCCAACUAGGAGCUAAAGAGAACACACAGCCUCAGAAACCCCAAAUAUGGUCCUUGGUCGAGACAGCAACCUCGGGCACGGGGCACAGUGCAGUGCAGAAAAGACCCGUUCAUCAUAUCAAGAGCCAGGACACUGGCGGCUUGUGGGCGGAUUUGGCUGUCAGGAACGGACAGUAUUUUCCUGUGUAUUUGCCAGCACGUUACACCCAGAGACACGGUUUGUCUUGUGGUAUACGAAAGUAAACUGCAACCAUUCAAGGAAAUGCGUUUUCUUGUAAAGUGCACUUCAUUUUGGUAUUUAUAAAGCUUCUCCUAGGGUAAUGUUAUUUCAUUGUAAUUAGCAAGUAUUUAAACCUCACAAUGUGAAUGCUUUGUUAUAUAAAAAUGAAGUAAAGUUAUCCUAUUUCCAUUCUGGCAGAUACUUUUGCACAUCCUGUAAAUAUCCACUGGGUUACAAAUGUUAAAAUUGUUUAUUGUGUGCAAUAAAAUCCUAUAAA